AUGAAAGUCAUUGCAGAAUCUCCAAAGCCAAUUACUUCAGCUUACAUGCUUGAUUCUGGUAACUUUGUUAUCUAUAAUAAAACAGAUGUCAUUUGGGAAUGUUUUGAUUAUCCAACGGACACCCUCCUCGUUGGCCAGCGCCUAAUAUCGGGCCACAACCUUGUCUCUAGUGUCAGUGAAAUUGAUCAUUCAAUUGAGAGAUUUUAUUUGAGUAUGCAGGCUGAUGGGAACCUUGUUGCAUAUCCAACCAAUUACAUAUACCUGAGGCUUCCUACCGGGCUUUCAUUGAAUGAAAUAGCAAAUAGUUCAACUCGAACACCAAAUAAGACAGUGAUUUAUCGCACUACUCUUGAUCCUAAUGGUAUGUUUAGGCUUUAUACACACAGUUUUGAAGGCAUAGAUGAAUCGAGCUUGGAAAUUAAUUGGUCAUCGCUAAAAAAUCAAUGCCAAGCCAGGGGAUUCUAUGGUGUAAACAGUUAUUGUACUGCAAGAAAUGGCAGCAUCACAUGUGCUUGUUCUUGUUUACCAGUUUCAAUCGUUGAGCAGGAUUGCAGAAAAUCUUGCUUGGAGGAUUGUACUUGUUGGGCUACUCAAUAUGUGAAUGGAGUUUGCAGCAAAUUCAAGCUUCCAUUAAUCUAUUCAACACUUGAUCCAACUUAUCAGUCUGUCAAGGCUUUUGUCAAGCAGAGCUACAAUAUUUCCCAAAUUGCAGGCCACACUGUUCCCUAUCCUGGAAAAGCUGGGAAUAGAAAUAAAAGCCGGAAAGAGAUAAUCUUGAUUCUAUCCCUGACUCUUGGCUUCGUAGCAUUUAUGCGUACGGUUGUUGCAAUUUGUAGUUAUCAUUUCUACAGAAGCAGUGAGGGCCAAUAUCAAAAACUGUUGGAAAAUCCAUAUUUGGGGCCAAACGAGGAGUUCACUCUUCGAUCAUUUUCUUACAGCGAGCUUGAAAAAGCCACUGAACAUUUCAAGGAAGAGAUAAGGCAUGGUUCAUUUGGAAAUCUCUAUAAAGGAAUUUUAUCAGAAGGUAAUAGAACGAUUGCUGUAAAACGACUGGAGAAGUUGGGUGAUGAAGCAGAAAGGGAGUUUAAAGCAGAAAUGACAGCAAUUGGGCAAGCUCGUUGUCGCGACCCAUUUUCUCGUGAAAGCGGGCUUUCGGCAUUGUGA